GCAGCUGUUGGAAUGUCCUUGUAAUGUCCAUAUAUAUCGAGAUGAACUAUAGUCAAUGAAUGGUUAUCUUGCUUGACAUUGGUUGACAACCUAUAUUCAUGUAUGGCCAGUACAUAAAUCUAUGUGUGAGGCUAGGUCUCGACUAGAAAUCUUCCUUGUGUUAGGGCUCUGGACGAACUUAAACCCCUGGACCCACGAAGGCAGCGGAGGGGUUAGGGUUUCAGCGGAAGUUUGGCUACGGAAGUUGUUCACAGUUUUCCGUGAUAUGUGAUGGUUAGAACGGUGAAAUAACAGAUAUAAUCAAAAUGUACACAAGUUCACCGGGAAACCGACAGCGAGUGCUUCGGUAUGGUCAACAAUUUCCGGGGCUCGCGCCGAUUCUGUCUCCGCUCCCGCCGCCAAUUCCAAAGAUCGUCAGGGAGAGGGGGGAAAUAGCGGAGGAAGAUGUCGACGAUGGUGUCAGGGAGGCCGAGGUCAAAAUCGUUGCGGCCACUCUGUUCAGCGGAGCGUCUGGGCGUCCACACGCAAAGCUGACACUUUCCAGGAGUGGCGCCAUGAAACCGCUCAAGUCCAUCAUAAGAAAGUUUCCAAACUCUUCAUCGAAGAUCAAGGCGAACAGGCCCCGGUCUGUGCGGACAAGGAUCGGGAUCAGAACACCAGGAAGGUCAAGAGUUGGGACAUCAUUGGUCAGUCCGUAUAAAGUUCUUCCCGCAAUUCCGAAGACAGCAGACAAGAAGAUCGUGACCUGGGAAGAAGAUAUUUACAUGUCAGUCCUGACGGGGAAUCUCGACUGUAACCCAGAACAGGAGCCCUCCAGGAUGGUCAGGGUGUUCAUAGCAGGUCUUUACGAUGAUAUGGAGUACGAAAGGAACUACUUGUUUGAGCAUGCCUAUCCGGAACUCCUCUCCUACUGCAGCGACAGGAGCCUGGAAUUCAAAUAUGUUGACCUUCACCUUGGUGUUGGAGGGUUUGAAGUGAUUGAGAACUGCUCACCGGAGCUGGUGGCAUACGAGAUUAGCGAAUGCCAGAGACUCUCUCAUGGGCCAUCGUAUGUGCUUCUGAUUGGUGAAACGUCUGGGAAGGAGUUGAUGCCCGUGUUUGUGGAUUCUGUGGACCUUGAAACUCUCAACCAAGUCAUCAAGAAAGAGAACAUCGACCCUGAAGACGAGGUGGUUGGCAGCUACACCAAAGAUGAGAACAAUAUACCUCCAAGAGCAGUCCUUACACCGGUGCUCAAUAUUCGCAUAAACAAGGAGAACGAAGACCUUAGUGAGGUGAUGGGGGACAUCAAGACACUCGUCCUGAGCCAGUGGGAGGAACAGGAGCCGAAACUCGUCCAGCGGCUCAAGAAAACCCUGAAGAGUGCAGUGGAGGGAAACAUUAUGGAGGAUGAGAAGGCACAAACGUUUGUUCGAACAGAAUUGGAAAUGGACGUUAAGCAAGCCAUCUUAACUUAUGACAAGGCUCUGGAACAGUGCCUAUGUUAUGAACGGACUGCACCACAGCUGUUGACAGUUGUGUAUGCUACGACAGACAAAACGCAUGGUGGUACGGAGUAUGGCAACACCUAUGGGACUCGAACGACCCAUGGUCACACCUCCAAGACCAUGGCAACAAAGAAAACCUUCACCGACCUCUCCCCUGCAGAUCGAACAACAAAAAUGAAAAUGGCCGUCAUCGAAAAAGUUGGGCUGAAGAAUUGUGGGAGUUUCACAACGAAAGCUACGUUGAAGGAUGAGAUUGAAAAUGAUACAGAAUACUUACAGGAACUGACAGCAAAGUUUGUGAAGGAUGUGAAACGCAUGAUUGACAGCGCCGAGGAGCAGACGACGAUGCAGGAAGAGGCCACGCCCCUUUAUCAGGAGGCUUUGCGUCAUAUGCGCAUGUGCAACAGGAUCUUGGACGAGACAGUCUCAAAUGAUGAGUCGGUGUUGCGAGUGAGGCAUGCGCUGUUCGGCAACAGAGACACUGCCAAUAAACCGGUUGUGGUUUAUGGUGGGGAGGAAUGUGGAAAGACGUGCAUCCUGGCGAAGGUUGCGAAUUACGCGAGGUUUUGGAUGGGGCCUGAUUGCGUCACGGUCAUGCGGUUCCUAAACAUCUCAUCCGAGAGCAGCAACUCCAUCAGCCUGUUACGGAGCAUAAUAGACCAGAUCACAACUGUGUAUGGGCUUGAGAAACCUCCAGAUUACCCUAGUCGGAACAGCUACAAACUCGGAGUCCAACUUCGAUGGAUCCUCGACAUCGUUGCCCGGACCUGCCGGAAUCCACUGAUGUUGGUCAUUGACGGAAUCGACGAACUAGAUGAACCAGACGAAAAGAAGCUCUCAUGGUUCCCAAACACGACACCAGGGAAUGACCGAGUUGCCAUAGUUACCAGCGUCAACAGUCGCCAAUCCAAGGAUAUUCUGACCGACCUUGCAAAUAUUCUGAAUUCUGAAGGGAGUUUCAUCAAGUUGGAUGAUACCUUGUCAGAGAUAACGGCAGAGGAGACAUUGAAUAAGUUCCUGGAAGACCACCACAGAGCGCUCACUUACACCCAGAAGGACUUCUUCAUUGAUACGUUCCAGAAGAUACCAAGUGGCCUGUUUUUGAAGAUAUGGUUAGAAAGGGCAAGGACAUGGAAGUCAUAUGAGGCUCCAGCAGGGUUUAAUCUCCCUGAAGCCGGUGAUGCCCUAGAAGACAUCCUCAUCGCGUUCUUUAACAAGCUGGAAAAGACGUUAGGUAGUGCUAUGGCGAAGUAUGCAGCGGGAUACGUCACCCUUUCCAGUCACGGUUUGACAGAGGUCGAGCUUGAAGACGUCCUCUCCUGUAACAACGAAGUGCUCCAGGAAGUUUACCACGGGAUCACGCCACCCAGUACCAAGGUGUUGCGCAUUCCUCCACUCUACGUAGCCAGGUUUCUUCAUGGGUUGAAGAGUUUCUUGAAGGAGAAAUACAUCGAUGGGAUCAGGGUGGUGACGUGGAUGCACCAGAGUUUCCCAUCCGUGUACCUUACAGCUCUCCCUGGUGUCAACGCAGAACGCAUUCACGCAGACCUGGCAGAAAUGUAUCAAACUGAGACAGAUGUUGUGAAGAACAUCGCAUUUGACAACCCACCUCAGCUAUUAGAAAACGUCAAGAGACUUGUGCGACCACAGCCGUUGACGGCAAAGAAUGUCCGAAAGCUUGCUGCAUUGCCAUACCACAUGCUUUUGAAAACACCUGAAAUGGGUGACGAGCUUUACGCAGUUAAGGAACAUCUUUUCAACAACCUUAAGUGGCUAAUGACGAAGAUAGAAGCUUUCACAAUAAAUGGUGUUCUAGAGGAUCUGCGGAUGGCGUUGGAUUUGAAAUCGGAUGCUGACACGAGAGAGUUGUAUGAUAUUCUCAGACAGGCUGGUCCAAAUAUUGGAGGCGACCCCGCACUUUUGCCAAUGGAGGUCAUCAGUAGGUUGAAACCACGUGGAAGUUUUGAAAAGCUUUACAACCAAUGCGAGGAGUACAUCCGAGACCAGGAUAAGGCACAGUUGUUCCCUCUGUAUCCGUGUUUACCAGGUACCAAGGAAAUCCUGCUGACCUCCAUCCCAGGGUGCGUGAAGUUUGUCGACGCACUGGAGGACGAGGGCUUAGUUGCGAUGAAAGGAGAGAAUGGGAAGGUGUCCGUUUAUUCUAUCGAAACAAAUGAGUUCACACAUCACAUGGACAAUCUCCCUGAUCCGGGACAGAAUGUUAUCUCAUUCAUAUCCGAAGAUAAGCAGCGAAUGAUGAGUCUGAUAGGCAACAGUCUAAGGGUUUGGAACUUCAAAUCUGGUGCUAGCAUAAAGGAGUUUGAGAUAGAAAACGAGGAUGAGGACAGCAGUAGCACUGAUGACAUCAGCUACACUUGUCUUGACGUAACAAAAGAUGGUGCAACAGCCUUGCUGGGCACGAACAAGGGUGGUAUUGCAAUCGUUGACACAACUUUUGAAUCAGUACGAAGGUCCGCCAAUGUCCAUAGCGGGAGAAUCAAGCAGUCGUUUUACACAUACGAUUACAAGAAAAUAGUCACAGUCGGAGAAGAGGAUGACUUGAUCAUUAAUGUCUGGUUUGUCAAGACGCUGGAGGUUUUCAAGUCCAUAACACUUCCAUCGAAACUCAUCAAUGAUCAAAUGUGCUAUCUCAUGGAGGAGGAAAGAUUAAUCUGCGCAUGUGCCGUGUACACAAUCGUGAUUGCUUGUCUGAAGACUGGUGACAUCCUGUUCGACCUUCCGAUCCAGAAUGGUUUGAAAAUGAUGACCUCGAUGGCCACUGACGACGACUUUGUGCUUGCGUUGACAGGUGGAGAAGAUGACGUGCUCAGGAUCUGGGAUCUCGCACAAGGCAAACUCGAGAAGGAGAUUCCAGUAUUCGCGGCCAACUGCACCUGCGUUGCGAUCACCGAUGACGGAGAAUAUGGGGGUGCGGCGUUUGACAAUCCACGGGUCAUGAAGGUAUAUCACCUGAGUUCUGGUGACUGUUUGAAAGAGAUCAAGGCACUAAGGGACAGAGUGACAUCACUUGCAUGCGUCAGGUACGACCACAAGAUGUACUUGUUCUCAAUCUUCGAAAAUAAGAUAGCAGAUCUCUGGGAUCUCGCCAACAUGUUCUCAAGGCCUGCUGAGUCGCCCACCAUUCAGAAACUGAAGGCAGAAGACCAAUUCGAGGCAGAUGACAUGAUGUUAGCACUGGAUGCAUCCCCUAAACCUCCAAAGUCUCCCAUCCCACCAAAACUCACGAAGAUUUACCCAGAAGCAAGUGUGGACGAUGUCAUGGUGUCGAUGGUAAUGACGUCCGAGGGUGAUCACAUUAUCACAACGUCUUCAAAUUCGAGACCAAAGAUCUGGGACGUCAAGACAGGAUUGUUAGUGAGGGAGAUCAAGGCAAUGGCAACAAUCAAGGACAUCAAGCCGUGUGUAAUGGAUACAGCAGUGGUGGGGAUGCAGGAGUUGGUGAAUGAAUACGGGACAGUUUAUGUCCUGAAGAUGUGGGACUUCCAAACAGGAGAAGCACUCGAUCUCGACUCUCCAGAAGAAAUCUACAUGGCUGCGUUCAGUGUGAGCAAGGACUCCAUGACAGCUUGGAUAGGAAACACAGCCGCAAUUGGACCAGUCAUUGCACUUUCCUGCUUUGACCUCGUGGAGAAACGGAUGCUUCGACACGUGGUGGAUGACCAACACAAUCUGGGCUUCCUGGACCCACUAAGUAUUUCACUUAAAAUGCAUGCGGCCGAGGUUGCCCCAGAUGGGAAGAUCGCCAUCACUAGCUCUGAAGACGGGAAUUCUAACACCUACAUCCAUACCGUGAAUCUCUUGGAUAAGAGUUCGCCUGCUUUGAGAGUUGCUUGCACAGGAGCCAAGAUGGCCGACCAACUUCAUGUUUUGACGAGAAACUACGAGAUCAUCACCGGAACUAGUAAAGGCGAAAUCUUGAUUUGGAAUGGCUUUUACUUUCACAUCCUGAGAACUCUGACAGAAGAAGGCAAAGACAACAUUGUCGGAAUGAAUUACCUCAAAUACUGGGACAGCGACAAAAGAAGUCACAACGCACCACAUUCUGCGAAGAUCAUGGACAUCCGUUUGACAUCCAACGAGCGCCAUCUGGUGGUAGCUUCCAAAGACAAAACCAUCACACUCUGGGACUUCGUGUGCAAUUCGUUCUUGAGGAGGCUUGUGGGACACGAAGACGAGGUAUGGUGCGCUGACGUAUCAAGCGAUACCUCAUUGGUUAUUUCGGGAUCACGUGACGGCUCCAUCCGCCUAUGGAAGUUUGAGACGGGAGAGGUGCUGUCGAAGUUCAUGGUGCACAUAGACGUCUUCGAUAUCCGGAUCACCAAGGACAACAAGCGGGUCGUUGCUAGGGGUGACAAGAGCCUGACAGGAAAACUGUUCGUGUUUGAAAUUUUGAAUCUGGAGAAGGCCUUGGAGGCCAAACCAGAGCCACCAGUGACAAGGGAAAGAACUAACAUGACGCUUUCCAGACAUUCCACGAAUGUCUCACUAAAAUCGAUUGGAUCUGAAGAACUGAAAGAAAUUUCUUAGUGAAAUUUCAGUGAUUGCAGAUCAAGGAGGUCGUCCCUCCUGAGGCCAGGCCGAGGGUCCUGACAAUUGACAAUAAAGAGCAAAUAGACUAGAGCCGGGGUUUCUGCUGUCGCCUUCGGGUAUAGCGCCAUUUUGUGCAGGGAUAUGGGGUGGCGGUCUUGUGAUGAAUCUUUUUCGAAGCCAACAUUCUGCAAUGAUUGGCAUAGUAUGUCCAAUGUGCUUGUCGUCUCGUCUGGAUGGCAACCAGGAUAAAAUCAUGCAGUGUCUUUCUAACAAAGUUAUGUGAAUCUGUGAUAAGUUCCUUGGGAUUUAUAUACAUGUGUACUCUUUUGUUGGUUGGUUGUGCAAUCAGCCUACUGGAGGAAGUGGAGUGGAG